AUGCAAUGGAGCAAGUCAUAUGGCCUGCAUCUAAAUCCAACAAAAACGCAAGUUCUUAUAUUUGGCACAUCGAGUAUGCUAUCGCGGAUUGAUUGGACAAACUUGCAGUCAGUAUGCGUUGAUGGAGUUCCUCUCACAUACAGUAGUUGUGCGAAAAACCUAGGUAUCUAUAUAGACCAGACAUUGUCUUGGACAAAACAGAUUGAGGAAGUACGUAAGAAAGUGUUUGCUGCUGGUUCAUCUCUUCGCAGACUUUCCAAUUUCCUACCAGUACCAACGAAGCAAGUGCUAGCGCAGUCACUUCUUAUAUCAAUCCUAGAUUAUGCAGAUAUAUGUUACCUUGACAUCACUGAAGAACAACUAAAUAAAUUGGAACGCAUGCAAAAUUAUGCUAUUCGUUUUAUCUUUGGACUGAGAAAAUAUGAUCAUGUCUCUGAAUACCGUAAAAAACUCAAUUGGUUGACAAUACGAAAGAGGCGUGAUAUGCACGUUCUCUGUCUACUCUACCGAAUCCUUUUUGAUCACACCACUCCUUCUUACCUUAAAAAACGAUUUAUCUUCCUAGGUGCUUCUCACGAACUUGAUUUGAGAUCAAUUGAUAAUCUUCUUCUCUUUAUGCCUCUGCAUACUACGAAAACACCUCGUCUAGACCGGAAUGAACAAUUCGGUAAGUCUCUCUUUUAUAAUCCACUCCAUGACUUUGGGGGACCUAAGAACUUCGGUCCCAGGAAUAACAUGGGCAAUAAGAAUUUUAGACCCAGAAAUGAUUUCAAUGGAGUAAGACCAGAUUUCAAUGGUCACAGAAAUGAUAAUGACUUUGGUGGACCUAAAGAAUACAGACCAAGAAAUAAUUAUAACAACCAGAAUAUGCAAAAGAAAAAUGACUAUGAUGGAGAAAAUGCAUCAGGCAGUAAUAUGCAGUUCUAUAAUUCUAAAAAUGAUUUUGGGGGACCAAAACAAAAUUAUCAAAAGAACAACUUUGGACCCAAAAAUUACAACAACCCCAAUGGAUCACCAACUAGUAACCAGCAGCAGCAGUUUGUGCAAAAGAAGAUGUAUAAUAACUCUAACAAUGGCCAACCACAGGACUUUAAUGAUCGCAAAUUACAAAGCCGAAAAGCUAAACAUCCUGGUGAUGGCUUAGUAAAACCAGUGUGGGAUAUGGGCCAAUUGGAAACUAUUCAAAAGAAUUUCUACAAGCCACAUGCUAAUGUCGAGGGACGUACUGAUGAUGAAGUUCAGAUAUUCAGAGCUGCUAAAGAGAUUACAGUAAGCGGCAAUAAUAUACCUAGACCUAACCAAAAGUUUGAUGAAGGCAAUUUUCCUGAUCAUAUUCUUAACACUAUCAAGGAACAAGGUUAUGAAGAGCCUACAGGCAUUCAGGCUCAGGGAUGGCCCAUAGCUUUAUCUGGUCGUGAUAUGGUAGGAAUUGCAUCCACUGGGUCUGGAAAAACCCUAGCUUAUAUGCUUCCUGCAGCUGUUCAUAUUUUACAUCAGCAACGAAUUCAACGCGGCGAUGGCCCCAUUGCACUCAUUUUAGCUCCUACCAGGGAAUUGGCUCAACAAAUACAAUCAGUUGCCCAAGCGUACAGUGCUCGUGGGUGUAUUAGGAACACAUGCCUUUUCGGUGGAUCACCAAAAGGCCCACAGGCCAGAGACCUUGAACGUGGAGUUGAAAUUGUCAUAGCCACACCAGGUCGUCUAAUUGAUUUCUUAGAACGUGGCACCACUAAUUUACAUCGCUGCACUUACCUAGUAUUAGAUGAAGCGGAUAGAAUGUUGGAUAUGGGUUUUGAGCCUCAAAUCAGAAAGAUUAUAGAACAGAUCCGCCCCGACAGACAAGUAUUAAUGUGGUCGGCUACAUGGCCUAAAGAAAUUCAAGCUCUGGCUGAAGAUUUCUUAACUGAUUAUAUUAAAGUUAAUAUUGGCUCCCUUAAUCUGUCCGCUAAUAACAACAUCAAACAAAUUGUAGAAAUCUGUGAGGAACAUGAAAAAGAAGUUAAACUAAGCAAUUUAUUGAAAGAAAUUGCAUCUGAGAAAGACAACAAAGUUAUUGUUUUUGUUGAAACUAAAAAGAAAGUUGACGACAUAGCACGAGCGGUUCGUCGUAAUGGCCACAAAGCUUUAGCUAUUCACGGUGAUAAGUCCCAACCAGAGCGUGACGCCGUGCUUACAGAGUUCCGUAACGGAGCUACAACCAUACUUAUUGCUACAGACGUGGCUGCACGCGGCUUAGAUGUAGAAGACGUUAAAUUUGUCGUCAACUUUGACUACCCUAAUUCUUCUGAAGACUAUAUUCAUAGGAUUGGACGCACGGGACGUUGCCAGCAAUCUGGUACAGCUUACACCUACUUCACAAAUGGCGAUGCUCGUCAAGCGCGUGCCCUGGUGGGUGUUUUACGCGAAACUGGACAGAACCCUCCAGCUAAAUUGAGUGAUAUGGCGAGAAACAACAACAAUAACUCAGGCCGUAACCGAUGGCAACAACGGAAGGAAAACAACAGCGGUUCCAGUUCACCCCGCCAAAAGAACAACCAAUGGAACAACAAAAUGGCUAGUGGUGGUAGUGAUGAUGGUCAAAAUUCAUUCCAAAGCCAGAACUUUACUCAACAACCACCCCGUUUCUCAAACCAGAAUCAAAAUAACCAGGGCUACAGACAAAACAAUUAUCAAAAAACUUUACCCUUCCCAAGUCCCAAUGUUUUUGAUUCUAUGGGUACAUACCAAGGAGGAUACAACAAUGGUUAUCAAAACGCAUACAAUAACCAGAAUGGGUAUGGUCAACGGCCGUACAACAACGCGCGCAAUAACGGACAGCAGUACCGCAACAACAAUGGCAGCGGCAACAAGUCUAACGGAUCAGGGUCGUCAUUUGGCUCUCCUCCACCUCACUUUGCACCAGCUCAUUACCCACAAAUGCAUCCUCAUCACCAAGAUAUGCUAGGUGGCAAGUUCUACAGCGGAGGAGUUGGAGGUGGCGGACCUUGCGGUUAUCAGGCAGCGGUGGGCGCGGGUGUACCCUACCCCCACCUUCCACCCGGUUCCCUGCUUUACGCAGCAGCCCCUGUGCAACAGUAA